CACCGGGGAAGACGCGUGGAGGAGCCUCUGCAUGCUGAAUAAUUGCAGCCACGCUGGAAAAGCAUGUAAAGCUGCAAGGACAGGAGACUUCCACGCAGAGAGCAUCACUGUCUGUGGCAGUAAUCAUUUUGCGCUUUCCACGUCGCAUUCCUUCCUUCCCUUCGGCUGCCUUUAACUUGAGGAAGAAGACAUGAUGGAUAGAACACGACACAAAAUGGCCAUUAUGUUUUUGCUGCUUGUAAAGCUGCCAGGGAUGGAGACAGCCAGUGGGAAUGUGUUAGAGGAGACUUAUCACAAGUGGGUCCAGUAUAAAGAUGACUGUAUCAGGAUGAUUGACAAUGAACCGCUCCCUCAAGAUGGCUUGUUCUGCAACAGGACAUUUGACAGAUAUGCCUGCUGGCCAGAUACUCCUGCCGGGUCGCUGAUCAACAUCUCCUGUCCUUUCUACCUGCCCUGGUAUGAUAAAGUGUCUCAUGGUGUUGUGCGUCAACGGUGUGGCACGGAUGGCCUUUGGGAGCUGGAGGACAACGGGCAUGUGUGGCGUGACAAGAGUGAGUGUGAAGAGGAAAAAGAGGUGACAUCUCAGGAGAUGUGGUUCAAAAAAAUGAUGGUGAGCUUCAGGACGUUGUACACCGUUGGCUAUUCCCUGUCUCUCUUCACUCUCGUAACUGCUCUCAUCAUUCUGCUGAGCUUUCGGAAACUGCAUUGCACACGGAACUACAUCCAUGCAAACCUCUUCCUGUCCUUCAUUCUGCGAGCUGUGUCCGUCAUCAUUAAGGACACCAUGCUGGAACACCAUUGGGGACGGGAGAUCAUGAAACCCACGGACGUGAGCGAGAUGCUCAGCCAUCAGGUACUUCUAUCCAUGCUACACCUGUUUAUGAUUUCUAAGUGUACAUGUUCUGUAAUACGUGGUGUUCCAUAUCCCCAGGCCGCUAUCGGCUGCAGGAUAGCGCAGGUGUUGAUGCAGUACUGUGUGCUUGCCAACCACUACUGGUUCUUUGGAGAGGCCAUUUACUUGUACUCCAUUCUUAUUGCGUCAGUGCUCAUCGACAGCAACAAAUACCUGCCGUACAUCUGCCUCGGCUGGGGAACCCCACUUCUCUUUGUGAUUCCUUGGGUGGUGAUGAAGCUACUGAAAGAAAACAAAGAAUGCUGGGCUGUCAAUGAGAACAUGAACUACUGGUGGAUCAUUCGUUCUCCCAUUCUUUUUGCUUCCCUUGUCAACUUUCUGAUUUUCAUGAAAAUUCUCAAGGUUAUUUUGUCCAAACUGCGAGCCAACAACCAGAGUGAAUAUCCUGGUUACAAACUGCGGCUCGCCAAGGCAACCCUAAGCCUCAUUCCUCUGUUUGGGAUCCAUGAGAUCAUCUUCAUCUUUGCAACAGAUGAGCAAACCUCAGGGUUUGUGCGCUAUUUUAAAAUCUUCUUCACACUCUUUCUCAAUUCAUUCCAGGGUUUUCUGGUGGCUGUUCUCUACGGUUAUUCAAAUAAAGAGGUGAGAACAGAGCUGAAAAGGAAGCUGCGUACCUGGAGGAUAGAGGCUGAGAUUGUGUGUUGUGGACAGUGACUAGCCGGGCUUAACACCCACAUAGACACUUUUUCUAUUGCCACGGUGCCAGAGUGCAGCAGAUCCUCUGACAGCACAACGAGGGCAAUGGCCAAUGCCUCGCCCACUCCAAACAGCUCUUUCAUUUUUCGGCGUCAGAUUCAGACAACCACCCAGCAACCCAAAUCCUCACUGCUGCAUUGUCCCACUGUGAUAAAGGGUGACAGCAUCCUGCAGCAUGCAGACGGAGAUGAGGCUGUGCUGGCGUCAUCUUUGCCAAUGUUCCUCAUUCAUCUUCAAGAGCCUGUGGAGUUACUUCCACAUGUUGCAGAUCAACAGUCAGACUGAUCCGUGCGUUUAUUGUUCAGUUCAAAACUAAUGUGUGAUUUUUGUACAAUUGUGGCAUUGUGUCAUC